AUGAUUUUUGUUGGUGAUCUUUAUCAACUACCGCCAGUUCUUCAAAAACCAAUAUAUGCUGACUACUAUGAUGAAAUAUUUAAUAUACAUCACCUCUGGAGGACUUUUAAAUUUUGUGAAUUGAGUGAAGUCAUGAGACAAAGAGAGGAUUUUUCUUUUAUUGAUUUACUGAAUAAUGUUCGUAUUGGUGAAUUAAGUGAGAAUGAUGUGAAUGUUUUAAAUUCAAGAGUUAUUGAUAAAACAGAUGACAAUUACCCUGUAGAUGCUUUACAUAUUUUUGCUGAAAAUGAACCAGCACGGCUACAUAACCAGACAAUGUUAGAAAUGAUAAAUCAAACUGUCCUGACAGUUGAAGCAAUAGACCAAGUACCAAAUUAUGUUCCAAAUCAUAUAUAUGUUAGAAUUUUGAACAUGUCUUUGAGUCAAACUAAAGGUUUAAUUUUUCAUCUAAAAAUAAAAAUUGGGUCCAGAGCAAUGCUUCAUGAAAUUUGA